GACCGUCUAGCUCCGUGACAUUCCAGACGCUAUCAAUUGAUCUCGAACUGGCUGUAUUGAGAGCUUCCAGUAACACUUAGCGACCAUGCCAACAACACAGUGGGACUAAAUGGAUAGAGUUCACAGUUAGGAUUUAUCAGGCUCAACACACAAGUUUAUCAAAUCAACAGAAGGUGAUUGUUUUUGUGUGAGCCACCACUGAUAGGUGACUAAAAUGACAGACGUAUCAGAUCCACCAGGAGAGGGAUUAGCAAGACGGAGACAAUCCAUUUUACCUAAAGAUGCAGAAGGAAUGACACUUGGUCCAAAUAUCAGACGGAUGUCAAGGUUUGAGAUGCCCAGAUCAAGUGUCCAGUACGGUAUGAGUGGACGUCGAAUGUCUUACGUAUCACGAAGCAGUAUUUCCGGGGCGAGUCUUGGGCUCAAGGAUUUCAAAGUUCCUGUACAGUAUCAAAACACCUAUAGGUUAGGACCAAGUGGAAAUGAGAAAUUCCAACCGUCCAAAGCUCAGCAAGUCAUGAAAGAGGUUCUCCAAUCUUAUUUGAGCAGUGAAAAGUACAACACGGAGAUAUGUGGCAACAUCGUGGGACAGAUCUCGGAUGUCAUUAAGGGGCGAGUCAAAAGUCUUGGGUUUAGCCCACGAUACAAAUUUGUGUGUGUGGUCACCAUUGGUCAACACAGAAAUCAAGGUGUUGCCGUCGCAAGUCGCUGUGUGUGGAAUCCGGAAACAGACAAUUUUGCGACAGCGUCCUUCAAAUCUGGCGACCUGUUCGCAGUCGCCAACAUUUUCGCCACAUACUUUGAGUAAACCGCUGGAAGUCCUUGCACACAGCAUCUCUAGCGAGAGUUAGCAGACUUGACCAGAAACCAGACAGGAUGUAUUCGAGCAAAGGAAUAUACUUUGCAGCAACGCAACUUCAGUAUUGACAUAUACAAUUGUUAGUUGAUCACAUGACUGCUACAGAUCAUUCCAAUUACAUAUAAAUUGUAUUAUAUUGCCUACAUCAUAUACAUUAGUGUUUUCUUGUAUGAAUCUUGUAUGAAAACAUUUUUUUGUGGGGCAAAGUGAGGGUGAUAGUAGAUCUAUAGUCUUAACAAAUAUUUAGUGGAAAUUACUAAACAGAAGUAAGGAAGGAAGGGGACAUCAUUUUAUUGGGAAGAAAAAAAAAACUCGAUAGUAAAUUUAUAUAGAAUGAUACCGUUACCUUUGUGAUGGAUGUGUGAAAUAAAAGCUUUUUUUUGGGGGGGGGGGGAAUCUUAUGAAAUUUGUUUUAAGACAACAUUCCUUGUUAUGACGUGAGCAGGAUUCUUUGAUUUCUUUGUUAGAAUUACGUGUGUAUAUUUAAAUAUGUGCCAUGAACUCAAUACAAAAUGUCAUCCAUUAUAAAA